UUCCAUAUUUGGCAGCUCUUGCGUCAGUCCUAGAGUAGAAGACCGAUGCCACGUUUUUUCGCCGCAGAUUUCAUCAUCCCAGUCAAAAUGGCGGUGUGAGAAGUAUUUUCGCGGCUAAUGCUCACUCGUGCUGUUAAAACCUGCACUUCUACAACCAUGGCACCUCUACACUACGCUCGGCUACAUAUUGCCUACACAUUUAUUAUCGAUGGCGAGAACAUACGAAAAACGACGCAAGAUGGACAAAGUUACAGAGAUCCCCAGUUUUCUGGCUCUUGACGAGCUAGAGUUUUUCGAGCCCUUCCCUGUUAUAGAUGGGAACGAUGACGUGUUUGUACAUGAUUUGAAGAGCGCAAAUGAUGGCGAGCUGCAAGACCUCGACGGUCUGGACUUCACAGCUCAAGAUGGUGGUGAACAACUGCUUGAAGGAGAUUGGCUCACAGACAAAUUCAACUUCAACUCAUUUGACCCAUCGCUUGUGGACCCUGACUCCCUUGGAGAACUUGCAAAAGUUGAAGAUACUCUAGACACAAGUAAUUUAUUUUUGGACAACAAUGCUUUGCUGGAAGUGAUCCAAGGAAGUGUCAUUUCUGGAACUGAGAUGUUUCCUAUCCUAGUGGAUAUUCCAGGAACUCCUGAACAAAAAGUCCCUGAUUAUGUUGCAGUAUCGCCUGAAAUGUCUUCAUCAGACUCUUACAUCGCAGACGAAUCAAACCCUGCAUCUCCCACUGGAAGUACAUCAUCAAGUGAUGGCUCUGUUUAUAAUCCUUGCUCACCAGAUUCUUCAGUGCUGACAAAUAUACUCAAGCACCCUUCUGGAAAGGAAAUCAAAACUACCCCAUACUCAAGAAAGAACACUAAAUCUGAUACUGUGUCUCCAAAGCUGAAAACUCCAGCUCAAAGGCAGAGAAAGCGUGUACAGAAUAAGGAUGCAGCGACAAGGUACCGUGUGAAGAAAAAGGAUGAACAGUCCAGGCUUUUUGAUGAAGCUGAAAAGCUGGAGAAAGAGAACAAUGAGUUGAAGGACGAAGUUGGCUCACUCAGCAAAGAGAUUGAGUACUUGAAAAAUUUGAUGCUUGAGGUUUACCAAACUAAACAAAAGCAGAAGGAAAGUUUGUGUAAAAAGUGAUGUUUGAAAUUGUACAUAGUUUAGAGAUGUUUUUUUUUUUACACAUAUGAACUUCUUUUAUUGUACUUCUGGCUUUUGUUGUACCUUACUUACUAUUACGUAGACUAAAAUAAAGUAAUACAGUUUAAUCAA